AUGGAGCACAUACUGGUCGAUGGAGGGAGCUCCAUCAACCUCCUCUUCGUUGAACCACUAGAUGGCCUGCAGAUUUUGAGGAGUGAGUUGAAACCAUCUCCUUCCUUCUUCGGGAACACCAUUGACUCCUCAGCUAAGCCAUCGAGGCAGAUCAAGCUGCCCAUAACCUUUGGUUUGCCGAACAACUUCGAGACUGAGAAAGUCCUGUUUGAUGUGGCGGACUUCGAGACUACUUACAACGCAGUCCUAGGGCGAUCAACGAUGACCCAGUUUAUGGUCAUAGCCUACUAUGCAUACCAGGCGAUCAAGAUCCCUGGUCCCAAAGGAGCCAUCACUAUUUUGGGCAAUCCAAAGAUGGCCCUACACUGCAACAAGAGGAGCCUCGGCAUGGUCGAGCUGACUUCCAGGUCACAGCCCGAGAACAUUGAACUCAGGGGUCACCUAGUGAAGGUCCAAGUCAUCACCAAUCUCGAUGAUCGGCUCAAGGCAGUAUUCCUAAAUGACGUCGACCCAUCCAGGACGGUCUAG